AUGGCAGUAGCAGCAGUCACAUGGGCACUGUCAAACAGAACUCUCCUGAAACAUUUCUUUCCAAUUCGAAGAGUUUUAUACAGUGUUUUUCAUCAAUCUACACAGCCUCUCCCUGAUGACUAUAAUUGCAAACUAGAGCUUGCUUUGACAUCAGAUGGCAGGACAGUAGUAGGCUACCAUCCUUCUGUGGACAUUCCAUAUGAACAUGCAAAACCUGUUCCUCGGCCAGACCCUAUACAUAACAGUGAAGAAACACAUGAUCAUGUGCCGAAAACUAGAUUAGAAGUGAAAGAUCAGCCCCUUGAGCAAGGACCUAUGAUAGAACAGCUUAGCAAAGUGUUCUUCACUAUGAAGCACCGGUGGUAUCCUCUCAUGGGCAGUAGCACAGACGUUGUAAGAAAGUGA